GGAACCAUAAAGAUUCAGGCUAAGGUGUCUUCACUUCCUCCUCUUCGUCGUUCCGCCCUUAGCUUCCGGUUCCGGGGAAGGGCCAAAUUUUCUUGGAUGAUUAGGGACUCUCCAGUCUAGGAUGGCUGUCUUGUCGCUCCUGUUGUUGGGCGGUUUGUGGAGCGCUGUGGGAGCGUCCGACAUGGCUGUCGUUACGUGCGGCUCCGUGGUGAAGCUACUCAAUACGCGCCAUAACGUCCGACUGCACUCUCACGACGUGCGCUAUGGGUCAGGUAGUGGGCAGCAGUCAGUGACAGGGGUAACCUCUGUGGAUGACAGCAACAGUUAUUGGAGGAUACGGGGGAAGACCGCCACAGUGUGUGAAAGGGGAACCCCCAUCCGAUGUGGCCAGCCCAUCCGGCUGACGCACAUCAACACUGGUCGAAACCUCCACAGUCACCAUUUCACUUCACCUCUUUCUGGAAACCAGGAAGUGAGUGCCUUUGGCGAGGAAGGUGAAGGCGACUAUCUGGAUGACUGGACAGUGCUCUGUAAUGGACCCUACUGGGUGAGGGAUGGUGAAGUGAGAUUCAAACAUUCUUCCACCGAAGUUCUCCUGUCUGUCACAGGAGAACAGUAUGGUCGACCUAUAAGUGGACAAAAAGAGGUACAUGGUAUGGCCCAGCCAAGUCAGAACAACUACUGGAAGGCUAUGGAAGGCAUCUUCAUGAAGCCCAGUGAGUUGUUGAAGGCAGAAGUUCAUCAUGCAGAACUGUGACUAAAUCUUCUGAGCCACUGUCAACCACACAGUGUUUGUAGACAUCUGUUGCUGCUUUACCCUGGGUUCCCUGGUCCAGGUCCUCUGAGCAGUGGCUAGGCCCCCACUGAGAUGCAGAGGCACAGUAGGAAGCAGUGGCUGCAUUUCGACCCGCAGCCCUUCACACUUGAAUUGGUCGCUCUCCCAGAUUUGAUCAGUUCUCAAGAGAGGACUUGUUUGUGAUACUUUUCGUUCGUACUGUUAAGAGAAAGCUGAGGAACUUCCCUCUUAGCUGGGAAGUUAAGGCAUCAUGGAUUAUUAACUUGUCUGAUUUUCCCCUAUUUUUCUUUUUCCAAAAUGAUAAAUAAAAAAAUAAAGGGAA